CGACAGGUGAAGUACUUACUGUCUACUGAUCAGCCAUCUGUUGUCGACGUGAUACUCCUCACAAGUCCGAAUGUGGAAAAGCUUCCAAACAUCCAUCGUCAAAUCUUCAGCUCUUUUAUUGCAAGGAUAACAUUGCAACAUGUCCGGACGGGGAAAAGGCGGGAAAAUUCGCUCGAAACCCAGGAGUAGGUCUGCGAGGGCCGGUCUACAGUUCCCGGUGGGGCGAGUCCAUCGCUUCCUGCGGAACGGCAACUACGCCGAACGGAUUGGAGCGGGCGCCCCGGUGUACCUGGCGGCCGUGCUGGAGUACCUCACCGCCGAGGUUUUAGAGCUGGCCGGUAACGCUGCCCGCGACAACAAGAAGAAUAGGAUCAUCCCCCGGCACCUACAACUGGCCAUCCGCAAUGACGAGGAGCUGGCCAAACUGCUGUCUGGAGUGACCAUUGCCCAGGGCGGAGUGUUACCAAACAUCUUGCCUCAACUGCUGCCCAAGAAGACGUCGAUCAGGCAGGGAAAAAAAUUGAGCUCGGCAAGUCAGGAUUACUGAAACCGUGGGGCACGCGAGUUGAACCACCGCCACCAAGGAAUUUAACCACAUGUACUAAGGUGAACGUUAGAACCCGAAAUGGACCGUUUUGGGCGAUGAAUUUAGCUAAU